GCAACCUUCGCAACCAUGUCAUCCUCAAUCCUCUCCUCGUUGUUUCGUCCAGCUCCCCUCUUCUCACUCGCUGCUCUCCUCCGCCUCGUUCUUCUCCUCUACGGCAAUUGGCAAGACGCCCACUCUGCCGUCAAAUACACCGACAUCGACUAUCUUGUCUUCACCGAUGCCGCCCGCUACGUGUCCAAUGGUCUCAGUCCGUAUUCUAGAGAAACGUACCGGUACACGCCCCUCCUAGCAUGGAUGCUUAUUCCCACUGCCAAGCCGCAUCUCUUCUCCUUUGGCAAGGUCGUCUUUGCUCUGGCGGACUUGCUUGCCGGAUGGUUGAUCGUCAGGGUGCUGAGGAAGCAGAGGGGCAUGAGCGCUGAGAGAGCCGGUGCGUUUGCCGCCAUUUGGCUUUGGAAUCCAAUGGUGGCGACCAUCAGCACCAGAGGCAGCUCUGAGGGCUUACUGGGCGUUUUGACAAUGGCCCUGCUGUGGGCUGUGGAAGGGAAGAGGGUUAGCGUGGCUGGCUUUAUCUUGGGCUUGGGUGUGCAUUUCAAGAUUUACCCCUUUAUUUAUGCGCCCGCCAUCAUCUGGUGGAUGGACGAUGAGCAUCUUGGGAAGGGGGUAUCUAAAUUGCCGGCCUCAUUUGCUGGGGCUGUAAUCAAGUUCCUCUCCCCUCAGAGGAUUCAACUCACUCUCAUCAGUUUGUCGACCUUUAUGGGGCUCAAUGUCCUCAUGUAUUAUAUCUACGGCACCCCUUUUCUCACCCACUCAUACUUCCACCAUGUAACCCGCAUCGACCACCGCCACAACUUCUCGCCUUAUAACAUCUUCCUCUAUCUGGCCUCUGCCGACCCAUCAUCCAGCUCCCUUCAUGCAUUCCUCCCCCAACUGCUCCUCUCAUGCCUCUUUAUCCCCUUUGUCAUUGCCAAAAAGGAUCUUGCCACGUCCAUGAUGGCCCAAACUUUUGCCUUUGUCACCUUCAACAAAGUGUGCACCUCACAGUACUUUCUAUGGUAUAUGAUCUUCCUGCCUCUCUAUCUUCCUGGAUCAUCUAUGCUUCGUGUCCCUAGGCUCGGCAUCACGGCGCUGUUGCUUUGGGUUCUGGGCCAGGCCGCUUGGCUACAGCAAGGGUAUCAGCUGGAGUUCCUUGGUGACAGCACUUUCUUCCCGGGCAUGUGGUUGGCCUCAUUGGCUUUCUUCCUCAUUAAUUGUUGGAUAUUAGGCAUAGUUAUCAGCGAUGGGGCGGAGAGAAACAUUCAAAAGGUGAAUAUGAUGUAAAUGGCUCAGUUUUUAGUAAAAAGACGUCAGCUUCAAAUGUG